UACACAAUUAACACAGGUUCAAAUGGCGCCCUCUGCGGUGGAGAUAGACACUCACGCUCCGCCUGGAGACGCUCUGGGUUUCCUGCGCGAAAAUGCGAACGCCCUGAAAACCUCCACGAAUGGAACCGCAACAAUCCCAACUUCCGAACCGGCGCUCCAACCCGUCUCGACAAGGACAACACCUCAUGAAGAAUAUCAAUACCUCGACCUAAUCCGAGAUAUCCUGUCCCGGGGCGAACAUCGACCGGACCGAACAGGAACGGGUACGCUCUCGCUCUUUGCUCCUCCUCAGCUGCGCUUCAGCCUGUCACGACCCGAUCCUGCUUUACCAACCGCCGACAGAAUACCCAUCCUUCCCCUCCUCACCACUAAACGCGUCUUUCUACGAGCCGUCACCACCGAGCUGCUGUGGUUCGUAUCAGGCUGCACGACAUCGAAGCCUCUCUCAGAAGCAGGCAUCCACAUCUGGGACGGGAACGGCUCGCGAGAAUUCCUCGACAAGUUGGGAUUCGUUGACCGCGAGGAAGGAGAUCUCGGCCCUGUCUACGGAUUUCAAUGGCGCCAUUUCGGAGCAGAGUACAAGGACUGCCAUACAGACUACACGGGCAAAGGAGUGGACCAGAUCAAAGAGGUGGUGCGAAAACUCAAGACCAAUCCAUACGACAGGCGGAUCAUUCUCAGUGCGUGGAAUGUAGCGGACCUAUCUAAGAUGGCACUGCCGCCUUGCCACAUGUUUGCGCAGUUUUAUGUCAGUUAUCCCGACGCGCCGCGCGGGGAAGCAGCCCUCAAUCAACCCAGCAAUGGGUCUGAGGAGACAAAUGGGCAACAGCAGAAAGCCAAGGGCCAUCUUUCUUGUGUUCUGUACCAGCGGUCCUGCGACAUGGGACUCGGAGUGCCCUUCAACAUCGCCUCAUAUGCGCUCCUCACGCACAUGCUGGCUCACGCGUGCGAUCUUGUGCCGGGAGAGCUGAUCCACACCAUGGGCGAUGCGCAUGUGUAUCUUGAUCAUGUCGACGCCUUGAGAGAGCAACUUCUGCGUGAGCCACGUGAAUUCCCGACCCUGAACAUCAAGCGGGACGAUAGGGGAAGUGGCGAAAUGGACGGCUGGAAAGUUGAAGAGUUGGAAGUUGUAGGCUACAAACCACACGGCGGAAUCAAGAUGAAGAUGAGUGUAUGAUUACGAGGAAACGGGAACGGGAUCUGGAAGGUAUUCAACAUACGUUGGAAAGGAGCAUUAGAAGACAAGGAUUAUGUAUUUCGUAUUUUGAUGGGUGGUGAAUAGAUGUCGUCCAUUGUCCAGACAUCCAGGUAUAUUGGUUCUUUCCUCUGAGCCCAAUUGAAUAUGUUUUGC